GACUCUGUAUCAGCCCAGCAGCAGCAGUGAAGCAGGCAGUAAACAUUGAGUUGGUCUUGUUGUUUACACAGUUGAUGGACAGCCGAACUUUUGAUUACGUUUUAGGUAUCCGCCAUUUUGAUUUCCAAAUCUGACAGAUUCCCUCUCGCCUGCCUGCUCCAGUAUAAUUUGGACAGUGUCAACAAAAGCGGCUCCGUGUUAAACGGCGGCGUGUGUAAAGGACGUUGCAGCCGGAGGAGGGGGGGACAGGGUACCAUCUUCAUGCUAGCAACGCAGUCAUGAACAGCCAGCUAUGGGCCUCUGGGUGACCUGACAGCCAAAGUCGCCGAGUUGCUUUGUUCAAGCUUGGGGGAUGACGACUGAUAAAAUGAUGGACAAGAGGUUGAAGCCAACGUCUCCUCGGUUUGUGUGUGUGUGAUGUUAGUAUGAGUGAAGUGAGUGUGUUUGUGUCCUCAUUGUUUGAAUUUGCUGAUGCUGAUUGAUGUCCAGGCCGUGCAAUGUCAAUAAGGCUUCUUAGCAAGAUCUGACUGAGGAUACUAGUCCUUGUCCAAACCUGUGUAUGUGCCUGUGACGUCAGCCAUGUUUUGGAAGUUUGACUUGCACACAUCUUCUCACCUGGAGGCUUUACUGGACAAAGAGGAUGUCACUCUCACCGAGCUCAUGGAUGAGGAGGAUGUGCUGCAGGAGUGCAAGGCCCAGAACAGGAGACUUCUCCUGUUCUUGUGCCAGGACCAGUGUAUGCUGGAGCUGGUCCGUAUGAUUACUACAGAGCCCCCUGCUGGUGUAGAGGAGAUCAAGCGCUUCAAGUAUCCAAAUAUAGCAUGUGAACUGUUGACAUGUGAUGUGGGAGUGAUCAAUGAUAAGCUGGGUAAUGAGGAGCCUCUGCUGGAAAAUCUGUAUGCCUUCCUGGAGCAGCCAUCCCCACUUAACCCCCUCCUGGCAUCUUUCUUUAGCAAGACAAUUGGGAACCUAAUCACACGGAAGACUGAGCAGGUGCUUAGUUUCCUGCGACGGAAGGAGGGAUUCCUUUCCUUGGUCCUGAAGCAUAUCGAUACAUCAGCCAUGAUGGAUGUGCUCCUAAGACUUAUCAGCUGUGUAGAGCCACCCCCCCUUCGGCUUGAUACACUUACUUGGCUGAAUGAAGAGAAGCUUGCACAGAGACUCAUAGAGCUCAUUCACCCUGAGAGAGAUGAUGAGAGGCAGUCGAAUGCAUCUCAGACUUUAUGUGACAUCAUUCGUCUGAGCAGAGACCAGGCCAAUCAGCUUCAAGAGAUUUCCCAGCCUGACCCUUUGCUGACUGUGCUGGAAUCGCAGGAGUGUGUGGAGCAGUUGUUGCAGAAUAUGUUCUCAGGAGAGACUACCGAGAGCUGUAUCGUCAACGGGAUUCAAGUUCUUCUCACAUUACUGGAAAUCCGGAGGCCUGUGGUGGAUGGAGUAAUGGAUGCUCAGGGAUUUGAGAGAAGUUACACUGUUAACAGCAGCAUUUUGUUGGCCAUCCAACCACAUCUGAAACACUUCCACCAGCUACUUCUGGAGCCACCCAAGCGAAAUCCCAUGCUGACUACUCUGGGUGUGCUGGAGGAACCACUAGGGAACACACGUCUGCAUGUAGCCAGACUGGUUGCCUCUCUGUUGUAUACAAGCUCUGCUAGCCACGCGGUCGUAGCACAGGAACUCUGCCGGCUUAAUACAAUGGACCUGCUUCUGGAUUUGUUCUUCAAGUAUACGUGGAACAACUUCCUGCAUCUCCAGGUGGAGCUUUGUGUUGCUGCCAUCCUCCGGCCCUGUGCCCAUGAAAUGAGACUUCAUCCUGGCUUGGGAGCCCAGGACAAAUUCAAGCCACAUCAAGAUGCUUUACAAGAGCCAGCAUUGACUGAAACCCCUUCAGAACCUCCAGUCACCCCUGAAAACUCUGCACAUAAUUUAAUGGUGACUCAUUUGUUUCAGCACUGCCACCUUGUCCAGAGGAUUCUAGAGGCCUGGGAAGAGAAUGAUAAAAUACAGUCAGAAGGUGGUAUGAGAAGAGGGUACAUGGGACAUCUGACCAGGAUUGCCAACACAGUAGUCCACAAUCUGGAGAAGGGCCCGGUUCACACACAGAUUAGUAGCCUCAUCACAGCGCUGCCAGAGGACUACAGAGGGCGCUGGGAAACCUUUGUGGAUCAGACCCUGUCAGAGACCAAUAGGAAGAACACCAUAGACCUGAUUGGCACUGGAAACCCACGCCCAUCCUCAGAGGAUGAUAUGGAGAGCCCCUUCCCUAAAGAACUGACACUACAGCAGGCCUUUUCAGACUACCAAAUCCAACAGAUGACGGCUAACUUUGUGGACCAGUUUGGCUUCAAUGAUGAGGAGUUUACUGAUCAUGACGACAGUAUCGGGGCAACGUUUGACCGGAUUGCAGAAAUCAAUAUCAACAUUGAUGCAGGCCAGGACAGUGCUAAUGCAGCUGUGUUUGAGGCCUGUUCCAAGGAGAGGAUUCAGCCCUUUGAUGAUGAUGAAGAGGAUAUUUGGGAGGAGAAAGAGAUUAACUUUGCAACACAAGCCAAGUCCCGCAACAGGUUUGGCGGGUCACGGUCAACCCAGAGCCAAACAGUUAAUAAAGCUUCUGAUAAGACAGCAGCUUCUGGCACUGAGGUCUCCGACAGAACAGCAGACUCAGACUCUGAGGGAGAGGAUACUAAAGAUGACCUGGAUCCUUUCUUAAGCCUGAGCCAGACCGAGGCAACAAAGAGCACUGGCUGGAUAGCAGACUUUGGGGAGGUGAACUCAAAGGCUCCUGCAGCAGGAGUGGGCUUUUCAGCCUGGGACACUCCAGACUCUCAACCAGCUGCCUCAGAGGCAGAGGAGAAAGGAUGGGCCAAGUUCACUGACUUCCAGCCUUUCUGUUGCUCUGAAACAGGCCCCAGAUGCAGCUCUCCUGUGGACUCGGAGCUCAGUGGAUCAGACAGUACUAAACCAAACCAGAACCCGUGUGUUUGGAGUGUGUGCGUGGCGAGAAAAGCUCCACUGGUGGCGUCAGACAGUUCUUCCUCCAGCAGCUCAGACAGUGAUGAGGAAGAGGCCAAGACAGAGUCUGUGACCAGUGAGACAGUCACCACAGAGACCAUCACCACGGGGGCUGGCAAGGAGACCAUUCGGCUCACCGUAGACGCCAAAAAUGAGAGGGCAGUCUUCAGCAGAGUAUUCAGACCAGCAGUCAGACGUGAAGCAGAUAAGGUGCCAGUAGAGGGACUCACCAUCAAAGACAAAAGCAAAAGCAAUGAGAAAGAAAGUGAAAAAGGAAAGAAACUUGGAGAUGGUUCUAGUCCAACUACCGCCAGUCCUGCUACCCAGUCAGCUGCGGUCACAGAAGAGAUGCAGCCCUCUGCCAAUGGGCCGGCCUAACGGUGCAGCACAGGCUCAUGCACACACGCUUCAUACCUGUCCAUUCAACACACAGCCAUGCAACGUUUGCUUCCUGUUAACAGCCCUCCAACGACCCUUCUUUUUUUUGUAUCAGAAGAAUGGAAGAGCCUCAUUUAACGUUGAGGUCAAACAGCCCUUAACAGUAUGUAUGCUGGAUAACACAAAUCUACACGUUGGUACUGCACCUUCAUGAUAUAAUAAUAAUUGAGGAGUGUGUUUUAAAGAACAUUUUCAUCAUGCCAGAACGCGCAAAGCCAAAUUGUUACGUAUGAACUAUUUCAAAAUAUGAUUUUCCCACUGAACAUGGAGCGACAGAGGUUACACUGCGUGUGCCAGCUGUGGCACUUUAAUCCUAAGAAGAAGAAAAAAAAAAAGCAAAAGUCUGAAAUUUGACCUUUUAUUUAAUUCAGCAUCAAAUUUUCAGAUUGUUUGAGCAUGUCUGCUCUCUGGGCAUUAAAUCACAGCCCAGAGAAUUUUUUCUAUCAAAGCAUUUGACUGUUUACACUUUAGUAAAGAAACUGUAUUCAAAUAAUCAGCCAUGAUUACAAAAGCCAAGAUGCUUGCAAAGCUAGCCGCCAUUUUCUCUCGAGCAUUUCAAUGUACAAUGCCAGGCAGACGUUUUAAUAGUGCAAACGUGUGAGUGAUAAUAAUUUGGCUUUUUUUUUUUCAUACACGCUAUCUAAAUCAUUUCGACUAAGAUUCCUUUGCUUUGAUCAUGUGGAACAUAAAUUGUUCAUUUGGAGCAUAGUGUGUCACUUCCUCCCCAAACCUCUUGACAGAUUCGUGUAGUUUAGAGGUGUGUGUGUGUGCAGGAGUGUAUAGAUACAUGUGUGAGUGUGUGAGAGAGCUCUGUCUGAGGUACAGAGUGCAUUCUCAGGUCAAAGGAGCGGUAUGCAGAUACAAAGAAAGCACACCUGUGUAACACACACACACACACACACACACACAUGUACACGCAACCAAAUCUAUACACAUGUGCAAAAAAAAACAAAAAAACACUCCCACGAGACACAGUGAUGUGUACAUAACAAUUCAUAUCACCCUCAGAGCUGUUUAAAUGUAAUAUUGUGAAAUUUGAACCUGUAUUAGGUUGUGGCUAUUCUUGGUAACAUGUAAACGUAAUAUAAAUGUAAACAAUAUAUAUAAACAUUAUAUCUAUUUUUGGAAUAAAUCCAAUGUAUGGAAAGGCGGUUGUUUUGCAGGUUGCAGCGUGUGUAUUGUAUGUGUGUGUUGUACUGUUGAAAUGAGGCAAUAAUGAUGUCUGUGUUUCGGUUAAUACCCCAGCAUCAGUUCCUGUUCCUGUGCUACAUGCUUCCUACAUGGAGGUUUGGGAGUGUGCACGUGUGUGUGAGCGUGAGUCAGUCUGUAGUAUGUCCUCCGUGUUAUUAACCUAAAGGACAAUCCUGGUUUAUUAGAACCUGGGUCUUACUUUGAUUCGCCAGUUUUAAACAAAAUACCAAGUUAAUUCAUUUUAUUGGGAAUCGAUAUCAGUCAUGAUCAAUCAGUCGUUAGUCAUUAGUAAUUUCAGCUCCCCCAUUAUUGAGGAUUUGCAGCUUUUCGUUGCCAAUGUUUUAAAGGAACUGAAUAUAUUUAGAUUUUGGACUGUGCAGACAUAACGAGCUAUUCGAUGGCAUCAAUUUGGACUUCAAGCAAACAAGGGAGGGAAAACAUUUUUCACUAUAUUCUUAUUAUAUUUAAUCUGUAAUCUGAUAAAGCGGUUGGCUUGUUUAAAACUUGACUUGAUUUGAUUGCUGCUCUCCUUUCUUGACUUGGCGUCAGGGGCGUUUAACUUGGUAACCACAAAAACGAGACCCAAGUUGUAAUAAACCAGAAUUAUCUCUCAGGUUGGGGCAUGUGCCAGACAGUCAUUCUUUACGUUAUCUUUCUCCUCGUCUCUCUCUUUCUCAGGGCAGGAGUUGACUUUAAUUGCUUAUAUGCCGAUGGAACGAUUUACAUAGAUUGUUGUAUUUAUUUUGAAAAACACUUUUUCAAGAAGCACUUUUGGUUUGUAUUUGGUGGUGCCAAGUGUCGCCACAUUAUUCCCCACUCGAAGAGGUGGGAAUGUUUGACCUGAAUGAGUGAAUCAUGUAGAUACUUUAGAAUACUUUCUUUCUUCAAUGCUUUCUGCCAAAGUGUGUCUUCCCACCAGUGCACAACUGGGUUUCAUAUCUGUGAAGUAGCCUCCUUUCUUGCAAUGGUCGUACAGAUCUAAAGUUAUCUAAAGCAGUCUUUGUUUGAUCCCUCGUGUUUUCCUUUGAGUCAUGUGAUGACGUUGUCAGCGGUAGGAGAGGACGACGCCACAUGUCAAAGAAAGACUUUGAAGCUUCUUCUUAGAUCACAGCCAUUUUGCUUUUUAUUCGCUUUGAGCUGUUUUGAAAUGGAACUGCACAGAAGACCGAGCAUUGGUUUAAGUCAGGGUUAGAGGAGAAAAACAGGGCUGUUUUUUUGUCAGGGUGUGUACAGGGUCAGAAUAUGUCAUCCUGUUUGUCGCCAAACCUAAGCACUGCGUCUGACCCUUACCUUUUUUUUUUUCUUUUUUUUUGGUGUGUGUGUGUGUACGUGUGUGUGCGUGUGUGUGUCUCCUUCACUUUGAGAAUGCGGUGCGUGUGCAGUGUAGCUACGGGUACGGUGUGAUGUUAUGCAUAAUGGCAUGAGGUACAAAACAGUCAUCUUUAAGUGCCAUUAAGUUUGCACAUUAGCCUCAUUCACCUCAUUGGGUCAUGUGCUGUAUUGAACAGUGUAUGCCCAAAACCUUUUAAUUGAGAGACAAUGGGUGUAAAAUUGUUAUUUCAUCCCAUUGGGUGUUACUGACACUGAGGCCAUUUCAAAGUUUAAAUCUUUCUCUCAAUAGAGCUCAUUACAUUUGUAUGUGCGUGUGUGUUGAGGAAGUGGUGUGAAAGACAGCUAUGUUGUAAAACGCCUUUUUUGUAAAGUGGACUGAUGCUGGUGUUUCGUUUUGUUUUUUUCAUUUAGAGAGUAAUGUGUCUGUUACCUGUUGUCAAUUUAGCUUGUACAUUCAGAUAUGAACCUAAUAAAUAUGUCAGACCAA